AUGCCGAAUGGCAUCAGUAAGCGUCAGCAAUUACGCAAUGAGAAGACCCUGGCCGAGCUGAUCCGGACCGUCCCUGGUAAUGACCGUUGCGCCGAUUGCGAUGCCUUAACGCCAGGAUGGGCGAGUUGGAACAUGGGUCUCUUCCUGUGCAUGCGGUGCGCUGCAAUCCACCGCAAGUUGGGCACACAUAUCUCCAAGGUCAAGUCCUUGUCGAUGGACACCUGGUCGGCAGAGCAGGUGGAUAACAUGAAAUCCCAUGGCAACCUACUCAUGAACAAGAUCUACAAUCCCAAGAAUAUAAAGCCGCCAGUCCCGACUGACGUUGAUGAGGCCGACUCAUGCAUGGAACGGUUCAUUCGGCAGAAAUACCAGUACCGAUCGCUAGAGGAUGAUCCCCCCGAGGGCUCGCCUCCUCCGCUGCCGCCGAAGUCAGCCAAGUUCUUUGGGAUUGGACUUCGGACAUCUGCCUCGACCUCGAACCUUCGUCGACCCAGAAAGGCGUCGGGUUAUGACCAGCGGCCCUGGUCUCCACCGCCUUCAAAUAGGACUACUGGAAUGGGAGCCCCGGUUGCUGAUGUGACAACUGCCUCAUUGGAAGCGAAGAUGGCAGCGCUGCAGGAACUGGGUUUCACCAAUAAUCGACGCAACGAGAUGGUUCUAAAGGGUCUCAAUGAGGACUUGGACCGAUGUGUGGAGACAUUGUCCAGACUAGGUGAAGGAAACCCUGAAUUGAUAAGAGCCAGGAACGCGGCGAAGACUGCCCCGACAAGAGCGGUGUCCUCCGCAGUGCCUGCCGUUUCCAGGCCCGAAACGACAAACAAUCCCUUUGAUAGGGCUGUUUCGAACCCAAUUCCUCAACAGUCGCAUCCCGCGCAGCCCCCACAGUCGACACCAUACAACCCAUUCGACCAAUUCACUCAGUCAUCGCAACCUGUGCACACGCCCCAGCCGGCCCAGCCUUUGGAGAACUCUUUUCAGAAUCUCCAGGUAUCGCAGCCCUUGUUCCCGCACUCCACUGGUGGAUAUCCAAGCCAAGUUAGCUCUAUGCAGCCUGGAUAUCAGCAACCGUAUACUCCGCCGGUUACAGCAACAUUCACCCAGGGUGCUUAUGUUUCCUCGCCUCAGCCUGUAGACAACAGCUAUAAUCCAUUCUUUCAAACAGCGCCCCAGCCGCAGGGCGGCAUGGCCAGUCAGACUUAUCCCAAUCCGGGCGCCGUGCAGAACAACCCAUUCUUUAACACUGCCGCACAAAACCAACAACAGCAAAAUUUGGCUCCACCAGUGCCAACAAUAUCGUUGCCUCAAACACCUCAACAUGCAAACACCAUGCCAGCGAUUUCGUCCAAUUCCCCGUACGGUACAUCUCCAUUUGGUCCCACGCCUCAUUUCCAGCAGCAGCAGCAUGUUCAAAAUGGUGGACAGGUGUCGUAUAACCCAUACCAGCAGUCUAUGGGACCACCAACCCCACAGAGUGCAGGCGGUUACCCGAACGGCUUUUCGAACCCAUAUCAAUCGCAGCAAGUGCAGCAAGCGCAGCAAUUGCUACCUCAAGCCACCGGGAUGGAUAAAAACAGCAUUCUUUCUCUUUACAAUCUCGCUCCAUCCCCCACCAACGGGAUUCCUCCAAUUCCACAACAGUCUCAGUCCCAGUUCCAACCCAGUGCAGGAACUAGUCCUCUUCCACCACUUACUCACUCUCUCAACUCUACUCCGCAGACGCAGCCCGGUUCUAACAUCCAAACUCCACAACAGACUGCCCGUAACCCAUUCAAUGGGCCCACCGGCGGUGCUGGUUCAGGUCUAGCCGCCCAAGCAGGCGUGACACCCUAUCCAUCUUCCGGAUUGGGCAUCGGAAUGGGUACCAACGCCUCAGCUCCUGCUUCUGCCCCGGCAAUGGGCAUGGGUGCUUUCAACCCCCAUACACCCAGCUCCAGUCCAUUUAAGUCAGUCAACCAAGCUCUGCCUAGAACUCACAUGAGCCAGCCAAGUGUUGAUAUUAACGGACUGCAAAAUGGCCGACACAGCCCAGAUGCCUUUGCCAGCUUGAGUGCGCGCUAUGGUUGA